GUGUUGUUUGUGUAGUCGGUGAGCGUGAGGGCACCAGCUCAGCCAAUAGGAACAAGUGGUUGUUUGUGAGUCCGUGGCUAUAAAAUCUGAGCUCGGUGCAAAGAUCAGUCAUCAGCUAACCGAAGGUCCCGACUGACUUCCACCGAGCUAUCCUGCAAUUUGAAGUAAAGCGGAUCCUUCAGCAAGUGUGGCCAUGUUGCUGCUCCUGUCCGCACUGCUGGUGACGGCGGCGGCCGUGACGCCCACCAUUAAUCAAGCCGACAUCAAAUUCCCCCAGCCAUGCUGGAAUGACAAGUCUACCAUCCCCACCUUCCUGCACCAUGGAUCCCCCAUGUACCUGUCUGGCGAGUUCGUCCCCAGGUGCGACGACCACGGCAUGUACGACUCCGUCCAGUGUCACGGCGUGGAGUGCUGGUGCGUCAGCCCCUGCGGGGAGGAGAUCGAGAACACCAGGACCACUGACUGGCCUGUCUGCGAAACCCGCCAGCCCCCCUGCAGGGACCUGGAGAGUUUCAGCGGCUCCACUCCCUCCUGUGACAAGCACGGCUUCUUCCUGGCACAGCAGUGUGACGGGGAUGAGUGCUGGUGCGUCACCAAGUGUGGCCAGGAGAUCUCCGGGUCUCGUACCCAGGGAAACCCACGCUGCAGCCAGUUCUUCAAGAGGGAGAAGACUCGCCAGUCCCGGCCCAACGUGUGCCCCGACGGUGACAGUCCCCAGCGCUGCUCCAGGGAGGACAUCUGUGAGCACCUGACCUGCCCCGGCUUCCCAGACGCGCUGUGCAAACCCAACAAGUGCGAAGGCUGCCGUCCCGAGUUCUUCAACAACAAGGGAAAGAAGAUCACAUGCAAUGAUGAGAAACUUGGGAUGUGCCCCGCUGUGUUUGAGGUGGAGACCUCUGAGCACUGCGAGCCUGAGUGCAGCUCUGACUCUGACUGCCCCGGUGCACACAAGUGCUGCUUCAGCGGAUGCACCACCCAGUGCCUGGCUCCCAGCACCGAGAAGUUUGGUUCCUGCCCCCUGGAGAGCAGCUUUGAGGACAUGAGCUGUGAGGUGCGCUGUAACUCCGACUGGGACUGUGCUCACUCCGAGAAGUGCUGCUCCAACGGCUGCGGCCAGGUCUGCGUGUCCCCUACUGUUCAUGAGAAGCCGAGCCAGUGCCCCGCCAUGUGGCAGAUCUCUGAGGAGAUCUGUAACGACGUGUCUCUGAUGUGUGAGUCUGACAGGGACUGUGUGGAGGACAGCAGGUGCUGCAGCACCAAGUGUGGGAAGAGAUGCACCAGCAUCACCACCACAGUCCUGCCACCCUGUGAGGAGGAGAGGACCACCAUCCCGACCACGACCUUCGGCGGUGUGUCCCUGCCCGUUCUCGGCCACUGGUACCCCACCUGCAACUCCUCCGGCUUCCACACCCCCAAGCAGUGCCACCCCACCAGUGGCCUGUGCUGGUGCGUCGACGCAUGCGGCCGCCCCAUUGACGGGACACACACCUAUGAAGACCUGGAGUGCACACCCAGGAAUGCCCCCUGCCACGAGGCUAAGUCCAACCUCCUGCGCCCUGGCCUGAGGCCUUUGCUCGGAGCCUUCAAGCCCCGCUGCAUGGAGGAUGGGUUCUUUGAGACCAAGCAGUGCCAGGGCUCCAUGUGCUGGUGUGUGGACAAGUGUGGGCAUGAGGUCCCCAACACAAGGGGGCAUCUCAAGGACGUCACCUGUGACCAGUGCCCAGACAACCAGAGAGCCUUCCACUGCCCCAAGAACCCCUGCGAUGACGUGACCUGCCCAGAGUACCCCGAGGCUCGCUGCUUCCCCUCCAUCUGCGGGGGCUGCAAGGCUGAGUUCUUCAUCGAACAGGGGAAGAAGGUCCAGUGCAAUGUUGUGAAGAACCAUACCUGCCCCCUGACGUCUGACAUGCCCCAGACCUGUGAGACUGAGUGUGCUCACGAUGGAGAGUGCCCCGGGACUCACAAGUGCUGCUCCAACGGAUGUGCUUCCGUCUGUGUCAGCCCCAUCACUGAGGAGCGCCCCGGCUCCUGCCCUGCCAUCACCUUCAGCGACAUCGGCUCCUGCUCCACCACCUGCUACAGCGACUCCGAGUGCUCCGGGGUCUCCAAGUGCUGCUUCAACGGCUGCGGCAAGACUUGUGUGCAUCCCGAGCCUGUUGUGCAUGAGGGUGAGUGCCCCGUCCAGUGGGAGAAGACAUGCACCACCGAGGAGAACCAGUGUGAGGUUGAUAACGACUGUAUCGGCAGCCAGCGCUGCUGCGACAGCGGCUGUGGCCUGCGCUGUAUCUACCCCACACAGACCAGGACCAUCACCUCCGACAUCCAGAGCAUUGCCGUCAACGCCAUCUUCACUGCCACCAUCACCAGGGAAAUGACGAGCGGCCAGUGCCCCCACCCAGACAACCUUGAGUGCGACCACCUGAGCGAGUGCCUGCAGGAUGAGGACUGUACUGAUGGCAGCAUCUGCUGCAGCAACGGCUGCGGAUUCACCUGCACACCUCCAUGGACCAUGGAGAAAUACGGCCAGUGCCCCAUGACUUCUGCUGCCUUUGACAAGAUUGGGUGCAGCCUGGAGUGUGAUGGUGGCAUGUGUAAUCAUCAGUGCAGCGACGAUGGGGACUGCCCCGGCUUCUCCAAGUGCUGCAUGGACGGCUGCACCCGUGUCUGCGUCAACCCAUGGAUGUUUGUGCGUGAUGGCCAGUGCCCCAUGUGGACCCAGGAGGAUAUCCAGGAGUGCAGCAGCAGCUCCGAGUGCUCCAUCGACACCGACUGCUCCUCCGAGCAGAAGUGCUGCAACACCCCCUGUGGAGGGACUGUGUGCAGGAAGCCCGUCACUGAGUCCUUGGACACAUGCACCUUCCAAGGCUCCGUCCAUCACCAUGGCGACAUGUGGAGUCCCGAUGUCUGCACCAUCUGCAAGUGUGUGACCGGAGUGACCCGCUGCACCCCUCUGCACUGUGACGCCAUCCCGGCCGGCUGCACUGCUGUCCACGUCGACGGCCAGUGUUGUCCAUCCAUCCAGUGUGAAACCAGUGCUGAAGCUGACUGGUGUGAGGAUGAGCGCAUGGUGAGGCACAUGCACGGCGAGCGUUGGUCCCUGGACAGCUGCAGCUACUGCGAGUGCAUCCACGGCCAGAUCACCUGCUCCCAGUACACCUGCACCAGCGACCAGCUGAGGAACACCACCGGCUGCACCGUGAAGCAUGUCCCCGGCAGGUGCUGCCCUGAGGUCAUCUGCCAGGACCGCUGUAUCGACCACUACGGCCACCUGCGCUAUGAGAACGACAUGUGGUACGUGGACGCCUGCACCAUGUGCUCCUGUGUCAACGGCAAGACAGAGUGCACCGAUGAGAGGUCCAGCUGCCAGCUGCCUGACAAGCUCCACCCCGACUGCACCCUGGAGAAGGUACCCGGACAGUGCUGCCCCAACGUCUACUGCCCUGUAGAAGGUCGUAAGAUGAGCUGUUCCCUGGAGGACCGUGAGGUUGGCCACCAGAGCUCCUGGAGGCCCAACUCCUGCACCAUGUGUGAGUGCCGCGACGGCCAGGACUUCUGCGCCAACAUCGACUGCCCCGCCUUCACCAACCCCCUGUUCUCCGACUGCAUCAAGGUCUACGUCAAGGGACAGUGCUGUCCCGAGACCAUCUGCAACAAAGCUGAGGUCUGCACCUGGGAAGGCCAGACAUUCUUCGAUGGUGAGAUGUGGCAGCCGGAGACCUGCAGCACCUGCCAGUGUGUGGGCGGAACCACCCGCUGCGUCCAGACCACCUGCCCGGUCACCCCACCCGGCUGCCAGGCGGUCCCCGUCAACGGAAAGUGCUGCCCAGACAUCGUGUGCCAGCCCCAUCAUCAUUCCCCCGUCUGCAAGGACACAGAAGUGAUGCACCACGAGGGCGACAGCUGGCACGAGUCCGACUGCCAGGUGUGCACCUGCAGGAACGGAGCGACCACCUGCACCACCAUGGACUGCCCUGUGACCGAGGCCGCGCCCGGCUGCCACCUGAUGCAGGUGCCCGGCCGCUGCUGCCCCAUGCAGAUCUGCAGGCACAUUGAUGAGUCCAGCUGCACUGUUGUUGAGACCGAGCUGACCUACCAGCACAGCGCCACCUGGCAGGAGGACAGCUGUACUACAUGCGCCUGUGUGAAGGGAGUGAUCUCCUGCAUGCAGCAGACCUGCACCGUGCCCAGGGAGGGCUGCAUCGUCGAGGAGGUGGAGGGACAGUGCUGUCCUACCGUCACCUGCCCGAAAGAAAAGCUGGGCAGCUGCCCCAUCCCGCUGUUUGACUUCCUGUACGAGUCUGAUGACUGUACCGAUGAGUGUGAGGAGGAUACCGACUGCAUGGGCUCCUCCAAGUGCUGCUACAACGGCUGCAGCCGCAUGUGCGCCAAACCCUGGAUUGAUAGCUGCGUGGACAGCAGCGGCAGACAGCGCAGUAGUGGCGACGCCUGGCAGCAGGACGCCUGCACCAUGUGCUCCUGUGUCAACAACCAGUCCGUCUGCACCCAGCAGGAGUGUCCCCGUGCCCCCAACGGCUGCACCACCCGUCAUGUGGAGGGCCAGUGCUGCCCAACCAUCAUCUGUGAGGAGCAGGAGAACAAGGCCACCUGCAUGGUUGAGGGAGUGACCUACACCCACGGCAGCUCCUGGUCACCUGACAACUGCACCACCUGCACCUGCGUGUUCGGGCGUAGCGACUGUGACCGUAUGGAGUGCCCUGCCAUGCAGAGGACUGGCUGCCGUAGCGUGUACAUCCCCGGACAGUGCUGCCCUGAGACCUUCUGCCAAGAAGCUGGCAGCUGCAUGGUGGAGGGAGUCAUGUACCUGGAUGGAGAGAGUUUCCACACUGAUGCCUGUACUACCUGCCACUGCAGGAAGGGCCAGACCUUCUGCCAGGCCCAGUCUUGCCCUGCUAUCCCUGAUGGAUGUCAGCCCAUCACCACUGAGACCACUGACCCACAGUGCUGCCCCAACAUCACCUGCCCACUCCAGUCUGCCAACACCUGCCAGUACAGGGGAAUCCACUACAGGAGCGGAGAGCAGUGGAUGUCUGACGCCUGCACCAUGUGUACCUGCGACAACCAGCAGGUUAUCUGCAAUACCACUGGCUGCCCUAAGAUGUCCUUUGCCCCUGGCUGCCGUGCCGUGCGUGUGGCUGGGCAGUGCUGUCCCAACAUUGUCUGCAGGGAUGUUCACAGCUGCCUGGAAGGUGGCGUGAAGUUCCUGAAUGGCGAGCAGUGGCAGAACGACAGUUGCACCAGCUGCCGCUGCGAGCACGGCAGGACCAUCUGCAGCAGCACCUCCUGCGCCCCCGCCCCCACCGGAUGCCAGUUCGGAGAGCGCGUGCCUGGCCAGUGCUGCCCCAACGUCGUCUGCCCCACACAGACUGGUCCCACCUGCACUGACACCAUCGAGCUGGAGGAGACCCAGUUCUCCCACGGGGAGUCCUGGCAGAGGGACCCCUGCACCACCUGCACCUGCAUGAAUGGUAGAGUCCGCUGCCACACCCAGAGCUGCCCCAUGACCGUGGAGCACGGCUGCAGGGCCGUACAUGUGCAGGGACAGUGCUGCCCCAACGUGGUCUGCAACCAAGGAAAGGUUGGCCAGUGCCCAGUUGUUUCUCCCACCCUGACUGAAGAGAUGUCCAUGACUGACAGCUGUGUGACCGACUCCGACUGCGCUGGAACCACCAAGUGUUGCCACAACGGCUAUGCCUUCACCUGCAUGCGCCCCUGGAUCCUGGAGAAGCCUGGUGUCUGCCCCGCCAUGGCCCCCUACACCAGCCCCUCUACUGAAUGUAAUGUGGAGUGCAGCAGUGACAUGGACUGUGUGGACAGCCACAAGUGCUGCGGAGAUGGCUGCAUCAGGACCUGUGUGCCCGCUGUGGACAUGUCUGUCCAGCAGACUUUCACCAGGCAGCAAACAGGCUCCAAGUCUGGAAGAUGUCCCAACCUGAUGCAGACGUACUGGACCCCCCUGAUGUGCAUCAGUGAGUGCUCUGACGACAUGGACUGUGACGGGGAAGACAAGUGCUGCUCUACCGGCUGUGGGCAGGUCUGCUUCAGCCCUGUGGAAGACACCACUGUGACUGACAUCUGCGAGCCCGUGACCUGCCGCAUGAGCUGUAAGUACGGCUACGCCACCGACUCUCAGGGAUGCGACAUCUGUCUCUGCAAGAAGCCCGAGAGUGAAUGCGACAGGCUGGACAAGUGCAAGAUGUACUGUCCGUACGGUUACUCCACUGAUACCGAGGGUUGUGAAAUCUGCAGAUGCAAGGCACCAGUUCUGAAGACCUGCGAACCCUUCACCUGCCCCCUGACCUGUAUGAAUGGCCUGGCCACCAACAAGUUCGGCUGCGAGAUCUGUCAGUGCAAGGCUCCAGUUGAGGAGUGCACCCCGCUUGACUGUGCUCUCCAGUGUCCGUAUGGUCUGGCCACUGAUGUUGAUGGCUGUGACAUCUGCCAGUGCAAGAAGCUGGUGACCGUCUCCUGUGAGGCUGUCUCCUGUGCCAAACAGUGCAUCUAUGGCUUCGCUACCGAUACCAACGGCUGCCAGAUCUGCGAGUGCAAGAAACCAGAGAACCUGUGUGAGUCUGUGUCCUGCGAGAUGGAGUGCCAGCACGGCUUCGCCACCGACAGUGAGGGAUGCGAGAUCUGCAGGUGCCAGCUGCCAACCUCCCACACCUGCCAGCCCCUGAUGUGCUCCCUGGACUGUGAAGCCGGGCUCGCAACCGACAUGUACGGAUGUGAGAUCUGCAGGUGCAAGAAGUCUGAGUCUGAGUGCGAGGUUCCCAGCUGCGAGUUUGAGUGCGACUAUGGCUUCGCCACCGACAACACCGGCUGCCAGAUCUGCAAGUGCAAGCUGCCAACCGAGCACAUCUGCAAGGAGAACAUCUGCUCCAUGGACUGCAAGUUCGGCUUUGCCACUGACGUCUUUGGCUGCGACAUCUGCAAGUGCAAGAAGCCAGAUUUCGAGUGUGAAGAUGUGAACUGUCGUCUUUUCUGUCCUCAUGGAUUUGCCACCAACAAGGAGGGUUGUGAGGUCUGCCAGUGCCGCAAGCCAGUUAAGACCACCUGUCAGCCCAUCACCUGUACUGAACACUGUGAGUUUGGCUUCAUGACUGACAGCUAUGGCUGUGAGAUGUGCCAAUGCAAGAAGAACCCAUCUGAAUGCGAGUUCUUCGAGGGCUGCUCCCUGGAUUGUACCUUUGGCUGGGCCACAGACAACCAUGGAUGUGACAUCUGUAGAUGCAAGCCUCCAGUUGCCAUCACCUGUAAGCCAGUGAAGUGCCGCAUGCUGUGCCACCACGGCUGGGCUACUGAUGAGUACGGCUGUGACACAUGCAAGUGCAGGGUCCCACCAACAGAGUCCCUGUGUGAGGAGCUUACCUGCUCUAUCUCCUGCCCAUUCGGUUAUGCCACUGAUGAACAGGGCUGCCAGGUCUGCAAGUGCAAGCUGCCCACCCCUUGCCAGGCCCUCGGCACAGAGAUGUGUGACCUGACCUGCGAGCACGGCUUCAUGACCGACGAGGCCGGCUGCCAGAUCUGCCAGUGCCAGCAGCGCUCCUCCCGCUGUCCCGAGCUCGACCGCGACUGCCGUAUGGACUGCCCCUGGGGAUGGAGCACCAACGAGGAGGGAUGCAUCAUCUGCCAGUGCAAGAGGCCUUCCGUUUGCACCCCGCUCACCGAGCAGACCUGCCCCCUGACCUGUGUGGAGGGAUAUGCCACCAACACCUUCGGCUGUGAGAUCUGCAAGUGCAAACCCUCAGCUGUUUCCGAGGUCUGCCAGACCGACGUGAGCCUGUGUAAGAUCUUCUGCCCCUACGGCUUCAUGACCAACCAGGACGGCUGUGAGACCUGUGAAUGCAGGCUGCCAACUUCCGUCCAGAUCACAUCUGUCUGCAGGAACAGGCCUUGCCACAAGUUCUGUCCUCACGGCUUCCUCACCGACAGCAGCGGCUGCCAGACAUGCACCUGCGCUGAACUGCCCGAGCAGGUGUGCCCCCACAUCAAGUACGGCACCUUCGGCAGGUGUGUUGACGAGUGUAGCCAUGACGACAUGUGUGCACCCAACCAGCUCUGCUGCUCCAACGGGUGUGCCAGGACCUGCAUGGAGUCGGUCUCUGCCCACUGUAUUGAUGAGAUGGGUGAGUCCCACACCCAGGGCUCCACCUGGGAGAGGGAUUCCUGCACCGUCUGCAGCUGCAUGAACGGAGAGGUCACCUGCCACACCUCCAAGUGCAUGCCCGUCCCCCACGGCUGCCAGCCUGUCCACACCCCCGGACACUGCUGCCCUGCCUUCGACUGCCCCAUCAUGGAGCGUAAGUGCAGCAAGGAGGGUCAGUACUGGCAGGAGGAUGUCUGCACCAACUGCACCUGCCAGUCUGGGAAGGCCAUCUGUGUCGCCCAGGCCUGCCCCCAGGUCCCCAGCGGCUGCAAGCCCAUCUUCAGCGACUCCGAGUGCUGCCCGCGCUUCGAGUGCCACGACAGCUGCAUGACCCAGAGUGGUUCCGUCAUCCCCCACGGUCAGACCUACAACGUGGACAAGUGCACCAGCUGUGUCUGCCAUCACGGCAAGAGCGUCUGCACCCCCACCGUCUGCCCCAUGCCCCACCCUGACUGCGACGUCGUGCACGUGGAGGGGGCCUGCUGCCCCACUGUGGUCUGCACCCACAUUGAGAAGAAGCGCCCGUGCCACUUUGCCCUCCAGAAGAUCCCAUCCCUGAUGCUGAUGGGCCAGACUGUGCCCAUGACCGGAGAGUUCGUGCCGCAGUGCGACAUCAACGGCUACUACAACGCCACCCAGUGCCACAGCUCCACCGGAUACUGCUGGUGCGUGGACCGCUUCGGAGGCGAGAUCCCCGGCUCUAGGGUCCACCACAGCACCCCCAUCUGCAAGCCCAGCACCUGCGUGCACCACGGCCACAUGUACCGUGAGGGCGACCAGUGGCAGAGGGACACCUGCACCACCUGCACCUGCGUGGGCGGCCAGGCCAUGUGUCACAGCGACACCUGCGCUCCCACUCCCGCCGGCUGCACACCCAUCAUCGCCGAGGGACAGUGCUGUCCUCAGUUUGUCUGUGACGAGAAGUGUAUUGACAUAGAGGGUAAGGAGUGGUCCAUCGGAGAGAGCUGGCUGAUCGAGCACUGCACCCACUGCACAUGCGCCAGGGGAGACAUCAAGUGCCGCGUCGAGCAGUGCCCUCACACCGAGGCCGAGUCCGGCUGCCAGGUCAUCCCCAGCGAGGGACAGUGCUGCUCCAGCCAGACCAUGUGUGACAACGAGUGCGAGUCCUCCCACGUUGCCCACUGCCUGAAGAACCCGUGCCUGACCGCCACCUGCCCCGGCUUCCCCGACGCCAUCUGCAAACCCAACUACUGCGGCAGCUGCAAGGCCUUGUGGGUCGACAGGUUCGACCAGGAGGUCGUCUGUCAGACAACUGGCCCCUGUGAUGCGACUGUGACCAAGCGCACCAACUGGAACACCAUGUGGAACCCCAGAUGUGCCGUCAACGGCUUCUACACCCCCAAGCAGUGUGACAGCGAAGGCUCCUGUUGGUGCGUUGGCCGCGACGGAGAGUUGAUGCCCGGCACGCGCAAGGAAGACGGCAGCACCGUGGAAUGUAUCGAUGAGCCUCCAUGCUGGAAGGAGCAGCAGGAUAUCCAGACGCUGGUGUCCCAGGGCCAUGACAUCACCCGGGACCCCCAGUGCGACACCAGGGGCUACUACAAGUCCCACCAGUGCGACCCCGUCACCAACAAGUGCUGGUGUGUCGAGAAGGAUGGUCACGUCGUUCCUGGCUCAGAGACAACCACGCACCAGAAACUCAGCUGUAGCAAGCCCUGCUUUGGUCAGAAGCCCCAGAAGGAGACGUGUACUGAGUACGGCAGCUGUAGCGGCAACAACUUCUGUCACAUCCUCCCUGGGAAAUCCCAGGGCUACUGUUGUAAGCCAAGAGCCUAAGAAGUCCUGACUGAUUGAUCCAGGUACCAACAGACUAGGAUAUUUUAGGCCCUGACUCCAGCCAUAUUCGAUGUAUUUGUCUAGAUUUUUUUACUGCGUUCUCCCUUUGUCCACGCCUACAACUGCAUGUUGUAUUGUAAGCUUUGUGGUGAACUCUCUAAUUGGUUGUUACAGCUUGUAAUUCCUUCAUUACGGUGUUUACUUUACAUGUUAUAAUGGAACAUUGAUGGUAUCAAUAUCUGUCUUUAUUCCUCUUUGCAAAUAAAUGUUUACUAAAGCAUU